AACGACUCGGGGAUCACGUCUAUUCUAUUCCAAAACAACAUUUGCCCCCUGUCGGUAUACCACCAUGUCGUCAACCACCGCGCCGGCGUCCGCUGUCCCAGCCACCGAACUGGUGCCGGCGCACGUCGUGGAGGACUUGCAGGGCAUCGUCCAGCUCCUCAGCGACGGCACCGUCAAGCGCUUCCAGCUGCCGCAGGUCCUCCCGCCACCACCGGUCCGAUGGAAGGACGUCGUCUACGACGAGACCCACAACCUCAGCCUCCGAGUGUUCGUGCCGCCGCUCGCCGGCGCCGAGAAGCUCCCCGUGAUCGUCUACUUCCACGGCGGCGGCUUCGUCAUCAACAGCUUCGCCUCCACCGAGUUCCACGCCGCCUGCCUCCGUCUCGCCGGCGAGCUGCCCGCUGUCGUGCUCUCCGUCGACUACCGCCUCGCCCCGGAGCACCGCCUCCCCGCGGCGCAUGACGACGCCGAUGCCUUCUUCUCCUGGCUGCGCGCCCAGGCCGCGGCGACCACCGACCUGUGGCUCGCCGAGUCGGCGGACUUCGGCCGCGUGUUCGUGUCCGGCGACUCGGCCGGCGGCAACAUCGCGCACCACGCGAUCGUGCGCAUCGGGUCGGGUGCCCUCGCCACCGGCGCGGCGCGCGUCGCCGGGUGCAUCCUGCUGUACCCGUUCUUCGGCGGCGAGCAGAGGACGGCGUCGGAGGCGGCCGGCUCGAACGACAUUUACCUGACGCUGCCCGUGUCCGACCAGAUGUGGCGCCUCGCGCUGCCGGCGGGGGCGAGCAGGGACCACCCGCUGGCGAACCCGUUCGGGCCGGACAGCCCCGCGCUGGACUCCGUCGCCCUCCCGCCACUGCUCGUCGUGGCCGGCACCCGCGACUUGCUGGUCGACCGGAUCAAGGACUUCGUGGCGCGGCUGAACGCCACGGGGAAAAAGCGCGCCGAGUUCGUCGAGUUCCCGGGGAAGGGACACGCGUUCUUCUCCGUGGAGCACGAUGGCGAGGUCACCGGCGAAAUGAUCCGUGACGUGCUGCGGCCGUUCGUACACGGCGGCGCGGCGGCGCCCGCCAGCUGACUGAGCUCAGGGCCGCUGCCGGGACCAGGCUCUGCUUGUGUGGACGCAUCGCGUAAGGCAUGCAGGCCGGCCGUGACGCUGGCACGCUGCUCGUCAGUUCACGUAAGGUUCUGGUCGCUUUCAAGCGUUGCAUUACUAUAUUGUCGUGGAAUUGAACAGUAAAUAAAGAUACGGUGAGCUCAUUAAACACCGGUCGCAUAGUACACUGUAAGGUUUGUCGGCUUGCUUAAAUUUGUGUUUGUCAUUGUUCAAUGUCGGUUUGUAUAUUUGGUUUGGAUGAACUGUUUGCCAUCCUGGCUUGAUUUGGAGAUGUGCAGCUCUAGGUUUGUAGUGCUGCGUAAAAAUACAUUUGUAGAGGUGGAUGAGGUACCCUCCAUGUUUUUUAUGCUUUUAAAAAUGUUGUUUGCAGGGGCACCCGGUCCCCUAGUACACUGUAAGGUUCGUCGGUAUGUUUAAAUGUGUGUUUGUAAUUGUUCAAUAUCAGUUUGUAUGUUUGGUUUGUAUGAACUGUUUGCCAUUCCGGCUUGAUGUGGA